ACAUAAACCCCUAAACCCAACAGCAUUCAGCAAGUUCUAUUUGGAAGCCAAGAAAACAGAUUCCUGGAAAAUCGACACCAAAAUCCAUCAAAUGACAGAGAACCCCAAACACUCAUUGGAUACUGAAUCCCGAAAUAGACCAUCAAAGAUCCUAAAAACACAAGAUUUCGUUGACGACAACGAAGAAGGAGAAGAGGAAUUGCAAGAAUCAAGCUUUGUUGCUGAAUCUAUGAGCUCAAACCCUAAGCUUCAACGAUAUUUAAUUGCUGUUGAGUAUAUUGGGACUAAAUUUGCCGGUUCACAGAAGCAACUUAAUGGCAGAACAGUUGUUGGAGUCCUUGAGGAAGCAUUUUGUAAAUUUAUAGGGCAGCAAGUAUCAGUCUCUUUGUCAAGUCGAACUGAUGCAGGAGUUCAUGCCUUAUCAAAUGUUUGCCAUGUUGAUAUUGAACGUAUCAGCAAAAGGAAGCCUGGUGAAGUGUUACCACCGCAUGAACCGGCAGUAGUUAGAAGAGCUGUUAACCAUUUCUUACAGAAGAAUGAAGGUGACAUCAUGGUGACUGAUGUUCGAUGUGUUCCUUCCGACUUCCAUGCAAGAUUUAAAGCUCAAGAGCGCACGUACUUCUACCGCUUCCUAUCUGGACCAGAGCCUUUGUCUACCUUUGAAAAAGAUCGGGCAUGGCAUGUUCUUGAAGACCUAGAUAUUGUCGCUAUGCAGGAAGCAUGUAAAGUUCUUGUUGGGCAUCAUGAUUUCAGUUCCUUCAGGGCGUCUGGUUGUCAGGCAAAAUCACCUAUUAGAACUUUGGCUGAAAUCUCCGUUUCUGAAGUGGCUUCAACUCUGUAUUUUCCAUCAAUCACAGAGAGGGAACAGAACUGUGAAAAUGGGGAAAACUCAUGCUGCAAAAAAUUUAAGACCGACCUGCCGAUGGGAUCUCAUUCCAAUACUAACGUAGCUGAGAGCUCCUUUGGUGAGACUGAUCUAGGAUUUGGGAUAAGGAGAAGACACCGUUGCUUCGUUGUAACAGCACGUGCCCGUUCUUUUCUUUACCACCAGGUUCGACUUCUUGUUGGGGUUCUCAAAUCUGUUGGCAUUGGAGAUCUAACAACUUCAGAUGUCGAAAGAAUACUCAGUGCAAAGUCUGUUACUGCUGCAAGCCCUAUGGCCCCUGCUUGUGGUCUCUACCUUGGACACGUAAAGUAUGAUCUGCCAUGAGCACUGAUAAACAUGCCAUGAACUUCAGCUUUUCUGUCUAGCAAAAAAUUUCUUUGUUCCAGAAGAACCAAUCCGCCCUGCAAUUUCAGAACCAAGCACCAUAUAUCUAUGGGAUGAUUGAAAUGUGGUCUAGAACACCCAAUUGCUUGCAGAAAGACUUCAUCUACUUUGCUUUGCAGUUGCUUCCAGUUUGGCUAGUCUCUCGGGAAAGUGAGCGCAUGGUUAACGUUGACAAUUUGAUCUGUAACAUUUUGCAUUUUGAUGUAAAAGAAACGGAAAACUGAAAAUAGUUGAGAACUCAUCUGCAUCUCUGUUUCUGCCUUGAUUCUACUAGCAUACAUUGUGUCCUACAAAUUGCUCUUUGAUCGUGCAGUGUAAAAAGAUCUGUGUACUGGAACAGUCCGACUGAAUUAUUCCCUUAGUUUCCAGCUUUAACUUUGCUUCAAA